AUGCUUUUUAGUUUCUGUUUAACACAGUCGAGAAGCAAGAUUAACGUCGCCAUCAUUCAAGAAUAAAGAAACGCAUCCAGGUUUUGAACAACAUGAAGCAGUAACUCAAUGAGGUAUGAUGACAUCUGCGGAGGACCUGCUUUAUGACGCACUAAAAAAGCUUCAAGAGGAAAAACUAAAGCGAUUUAAGAUCUUCUUAAAACAAGAUGGAUCCAUUCCAGCGACUGAACAGGAUGAUGUCCCGGGUACUGUGGAAAAGAUGAUCGAUUGUGUUGGACCAGAACAAGCUGUGAAGAUUACGCUGGACAUCCUGAUGAAGAUGGACCAGAACUAUCUGUCUGAAGAGUUAGAAAAGAAACACAAGAAAGUUCAAAACACUUCAGAUGAGAUCAGUAGCCGUCCUCACACUGGAGCCAUUGUUGAUGUGAAUGCAAAAACAGGUGCACGUGUAAAUGCUCCUGUACUCACCGGAAACACUUUCACGGGCCCAGUCAGCUUCAGUCUAAAUGCCGCAGGAAAUGAGGCACAACAAUUUGCAGAGCAACAGACAUCAGAUAAACAAGAGUUAGCGCUGAAGAUGUUCUUGAACACUCACAAAAUCAACAUGAAGGAAAAAGCAGAGCAUAUUUUUGAGGGCAGAAAAGAAAACGAAGCACUUCUGAGGGAUGUGUAUACCGAACUCUAUAUCACAGAGGGGGAUAUUAAAGAAGUCAAUCGGGAACAUGAGAUUCUAAAGAUCGAUGAUGCUUUCAAGACUAAGAAAUCACAGGACAGGCAGAUAGACUGCAGUGAAAUAUUCCGUUUACUGCGGAAAAAUAAAAAGAUUGUGCUGACCAAGGGCAUUGCUGGUAUUGGAAAAACCGUCUCUGUACACAAGUUAAUCCUGGACUGGGCUGAAGGAAAAGCCAAUCAGGAGAUACAUUGCAUGUUCCUGCUUUCGUUCCGAGAGAUCAACCUAAUGAAAAAUGAAGAAUUCAAUCUCCACGAGUUUCUACUGGAAUUUUAUCCAGAAUUGAACGGACUGGAAAAAACAAAGUUAUAUGAAACACACAAUCUUGUGUUUAUAUUCGAUGGACUUGAUGAGAGUCAACUAGCUUUGAAGUUUGAAAGCAGAACAUUGAAGGUGGUUGACAAAAAAUCAUCAGUAGAUCUGCUGUUUACGAGUCUGGUCAAAGGGGACUUGCUUCCAUCAGCUCUCGUCUGGGUAACCUCCCGACCAGCUGCAGCCAAUCAGAUCCCUCCUGAGUUUGUGGGUUUGUAUACAGAGGUGCGAGGAUUCACUGACCAGCAGAAGGAGGAGUACUUCAGAAAGAGAAUAUCGGAUGAGUCUCAAGCUUCCAGGAUCAUCUCGCACAUCAAGACGUCUCGUAGUCUCUACAUCAUGUGCCACAUUCCCGUCUUCUGUUGGAUCACGGCUACUGUACUACUGGAAAUUCUCUUUAAGAACAAAGGGGAGCACAUUCCCACCACACUGACUGAAAUGUACGUUCAUUUUCUACUUAUACAGAUGACUUUAAAGAACCAAAAGUUUGACGAAACGGUAGAAAGAAACUACAAGAAACUGCUAGAUGCAAAUCUUACAAACAUUUUGAAGUUGGCCAAGCUAGCAUUCAAACAACUAAAGAAGGAAAAGACAGUGUUCUUUGAAGAAGACCUAAAAGAAUGUGGAAUUGAUGCAAGUGAUGACUGUGAGCAAACAGGAAUGUUCACCGAGAUCUUGAAGAAGGAAGCCGGACUUUAUGAGAUGAAAGUCUUCUGCUUUGUUCAUCUGAGCAUUCAAGAGUUCCUCGCUGCUCUCUAUGUGUUCUUCUGCUACCUAAACAAAAACCUGGAGGAGCUUCAGUUUUUCUUUGAAAAUUCAAAAAGGAAGAGCAUUAAUGAGUUUUCAUUCCACUUUAAAAAGAUGUUAAAUAAAGUCAAACUACACGAAUUGCUAAAGAGAGCCAUUGCCAAAGCAAUGCAGAAUGAGAGAGGACAUUUAGACCUUUUCUUGCGAUUCCUGCUGGGAAUUUCACUGGAAUCCAAUCGGAAGAUGCUCAGUGGCUUGUUCGCGUGCAACAAAGACACCACAAAGAGCAUUACCAAAGUAAUCAAACAUAUUAAACAAUUACAAGAUAAAGAUCUCCCAGCUGAAACUUCAAUAAACCUGUUCUUCUGCUUGGUUGAAGUAAAGGACCAUUCGUUAUUCAAGGAAGUGCAAAGAUAUCUUAGUUCAAAUACAAGAAGAGAACUCUCAUAUUCAAUGUGCUCAGUGCUGGCCUACAUACUGCUGAUGUCAGAGGAGGUUCUGGAUGAGUUUACCCUGAAGAUGUACAAGACAUCAACAGCAGGUUACAUGAGACUAGUUCCAGUUGUUAGAUGCUGCAGAAAAGCCCUGUUUGACAACGGUGGUCUUACUGAAACGUGUUGUGAGAUUGUGAAAUUGGCCCUCCAGUUACCAAACUCCCCGCUCAUAGAGCUGGACCUGAGCUUCAAUAGCCUGCAUGAUUCAGGAGUUAAGCUGCUCUCUGAUGGACUGCAGAGUCCAAACUGUCAGCUGAACAUAUUGAGAUUGUCCGGCUCUAGACUGACUUGUCAGUGCUGUGAAAGUUUGGCAUCAGUUCUACAAUCAUCAAACUCCUCUCUGAGAGAACUGGACCUGAGUAACAAUGACCUCCAGGAUUUAGGAAUCAAGCUGCUAUCUGAUGGACUGAAGAGUCCAAAUUGUCAGCUGGAGAUAUUGAGUUUAGCAGGCUGCAAUCUGACUGGUCAGCAUUGUGAAAGUUUGGCAUCAGUUCUUCAAUCAUCAAACUUCUCUCUGAGAAAACUGGACCUGAGUAACAAUGACCUCCAGGAUUCAGGAGUAAAGCUGCUAUCUGAUGGACUGAAGAGUCCAAACUGUCAGGUGGAGACAUUAAGAUUGGCCAUGUGUAGUCUCAAUACACAACACUGUGAAAGUUUGGCAUCAGUUCUACAAUCAUCAAACUUCUCUCUGAGAGAACUGGACCUGAUGAACAAUGACCUGCAGGAUUCAGGAGUCAAACUGCUCUCUGAUGGACUGAAGAGUCCAAACUGUCAGCUGGAGAUAUUGAGAUUAUCAGGCUGUAUGGUGACAGAGGAAGGCUGUGGUUAUCUGGCUUCAGCUCUGAGUUCAAACCAAUCACAUCUGAAAGAGUUGGAUCUGAGCUACAAUCACACAGGACCCUCAGGAGAUCAGAUCCUCUCUGAAAGACUCAAUGAACCAAACUGCACACUGAAAAAACUCAAUGUGGAUCACGAUGGAAAGUUCAGGAUAACAGCUGGACUUAAAAAAUAUGCCCGUAAUCUCACGCUGGAUCCAAAUACAAUCCACACUCGUUUAAAGCUGUUUGAGGAGAACCAGAAGGUGACAUAUAUGGACAAAGAGCAGUCGUAUCCCGAUCAUCCAGACAGAUUCGAUGUGUGGCACCAGGUUUUGAGUAGAGAGAGUCUGAUUGGACGCUGUUACUGGGAGGCUGAAUGGAGUGGGAAGGGUGUUUAUAUUUCACUGUCAUACAAAGAAAUUAAGAGGAAAGGAUGGGAUGAUGAAGGCAAGUUUGGUGUCGGCGCUGAUUCUUGGACUCUCAUUUGCUCUGAUAACAGGUUCACUGCCCGGCACAAUAACAACUUCACUUACAUACCGAUUUAUUCACCUCCCUCAAACAAAGUAGGGGUGUAUGUGGACUGGCCGAAUGGGACUCUGUCCUUUUACAGUGUUUCUGACACAAACACUUUAACACACUUAAUCACAUUCAACUCCACAUUUACUGAACCCCUUUAUGCUGGAUUAAGGGUAUUUGAUGAUUCCUCUGCGUCUUUGACUUGGUUUGAAUUGUAAUAACUUACUAAACAGUAGUGCACACUGCUUCUGCUUUACUAUAUGCAUACUGCAAAUAUAAAGGACAGAUGUAGACAUGUAGUUGCUUGCAGGUGGCACAUGCUAAAACACAAUCACAUAACAAUGUCAAAAAACAAUAAAGUUAUAGUUGUCUCAUCAGUUAUGUUUGGCAAACUUAAAGGGAUAGUUCAUCAGUUUUGGUGCAUCAUUGACUUUCAAAGUAUUUUUCUUAGUAUAGAAGUCAAUGGUGUUCCAAAGUUUCAGAUGGUUUACAUAAUAUUAAACUUCUGCUUUUUUAUAAUUCUUGAUUUUUUUUAAUGGCCCUUAAAAA